UUUGAUAUUUCAACAGUUGUUGUUACAAGUGUUUUAGAGCAAUGGCUCCCAAUAAUGAUAUAUUCAAUCCAAAUGAAAAUCUCAAUAUACCCUCUUGGAUAACUGAGGAUUAUUUUCGAGAUAUAGUGGCAAAAGAUGUGCCCGACAUGGUGGCCAUUAAAAAAUUUACCCCCACAGCUGCCACUAGGCCGGGAGAAAAUUUUACAUCUGUUAUGAUAAGGUUACACUUCGAUUUGGAAAUGAAGGAUGGCUCCAUUCUCUACAAAACCUACAUCUUCAAAACCAUGUUGGAGUCCGACAAAGGAGGUGACAUGGUAAAUCAAUUGUCCUUGUUCCCCAAAGAAAUGGAAAUGUAUUCCAAAUAUUUGCCUGCAUUUGAAAGUCUUUAUAAAGCAGCUGGCUGGGAAAUUCAAUUGGCCCCUAAAUGCUUGCUCACUGAGAGAAAGGAGAAUCGCAUUAAUUUCCUUUUCGAAGAUUUGUCUCAAAAGAAUUUUAAAAAUCUCGAACGUCUCAAGGGCUGUGAUAUGGAUCACAUGAAACAUGUAAUGAGGAAAUUGGCGGAAUUCCAUGCAGCCAGUGCUGUGUAUGAGGAGCAAAAUGGAACUUAUCCUGACGACUUUCAAUUCGGUUUCAUAAACGUUAAGCAAAGCAAUGAAAUGGCUAAACUUUUUUUCGAUGUUGGCACAACAAGUUACAAGAAGGCUAUGGCUCAGUGGGGUUUGGAGAAUGCUGAGGAGUAUAUUAAGAAAUUUCCCACUUUUGAUCAGUAUUGGAAAUGUGCCUCAGCCUGUAUAAAUACCUCCAGCAAUUCGUUUAAUGUCUUGAAUCACGGUGAUUUUUGGUCCAGCAACAUAAUGUUCUCAUAUUUGGCCAAUGGCUGUGUCAACGAAACCCUUCUGGUGGACUUUCAAAUCUGUAAAUGGGGCAGUCCCGCCGAAGAUUUACUAUUCUUCCUUACCUUGUCGCCAGCUGCAGAUAUACGCCUUAAACAAUACGAUAAUUUUAUAGCCAUGUACCAUAAACGCUUGGUGGAAUGUCUUAAGGUCUUGGGUUAUAAAAAGCCCAUACCAACUCUGAGAUCCUUACAUCAGGAUAUGUACAAUAAGAAUAGUUCUUUCUAUGCUUUCUUUGCUUGUACCAAUCAUUUGCCUAUUAUUCUUCUGCCUUCGGACAAGGACUCCAGCAUGCACAAUUUCUCAAGAAAUGAUGAAGUGGGCGAACAACUGCGUAUGAGGACUUACACUAAUCCCACUUUUAUAGAAGUCAUCAAGGAUGUGUAUACAUUUUAUGUUCAACGUGGUCUCUUUAACUUUGAAGAUUAUGAUUGA